AUGAGCGAGGCCGGCAAUGCCUAUAGCGGCGGCAUCAAGGAUGGUCUAUUCCAUGGAAAGGGUACAUUGACGUAUGCUGGGAAUGAGCGCUACGAGGGUGAGUGGGUUUAUGGCAAAAGAGAAGGCCAUGGCAGGUUUACAUAUGCGGAUGGUGCUAUCUUUGAGGGCCAGUGGUGUGAGGACAGAAUACAUGGCCAAGGCGUGGCUGUGUUCGCAUCGGGGAACCGGUACGAGGGGACAUGGGAGAAUGGCCGCAUUCAUGGGCAUGGAACCUUGACCUAUUCGAACAAAGACCAAUAUGACGGUGACUGGCAUGAUGGCAAGAUGCAUGGGCGAGGCACCUAUCGCUAUGCAGAAGGCGAUGUGUAUCAGGGCGAAUGGCGGGAUGACAAGCGACACGGAAAGGGCGUAGUUACAUAUGUCAGUGCCCGAGGUAGUGUUGUUGAGAAGUUCGAGGGGGACUGGGUCAAUGGGAAGAUGCACGGCCACGGCAAGUACCAGUACGCUGACGGUGGCGUAUACGAAGGUGAUUGGCAUGACGGAAAGAUGCAUGGAAAGGGCGUCUAUGUCUUCCCAAACGGGAACACAUACGAUGGUGAAUGGGUGAAUGACAUGAAGGAAGGCUACGGUACGUUGACUUACCAGAACGGGGAGAAGUAUGAUGGCCUUUGGAAGGCCGACAAGGUACAUGGCAAGGGCACCCUGGUCUACACUUACGGUGACAAGUUUGUUGGUGACUGGGUUGAUGCCAAGAAGGAGGGUGAGGGUGAGCUCAUCUACUCCAAUGGCGACCGGUUCAAAGGUCAGUGGGCGGAUGAUAGAGCCUCGGGGUAUGGGGUAUUCGUUUAUGCUAACGGCAAUCGUUAUGAUGGCCAGUGGUUAGAUGACAAACGUCACGGCAGGGGUGUCUUUGCAUGUGCCGAGGAUGGGUCAGUCUACGAUGGCGAGUUUGCUUUCGGAAGGAAAGAAGGUAGAGGCGUUCUCAAAUUGCAAAGUGGGCACGUGCUGAGUGGCGUCUGGAAGCAGGGAGAGCUUGCCCAGGUGGUGGAGUUCGUGUUUUCGGCGGACUCCCCAUGGAAGAAUCCAGAUCUGUGA